GUUGAACCAAUCUUUGAACUUUUCCUAAAUCGUCACUAAUUACAUUCAUAUUAGUUGUGAUGCUGACACAAAAGGUUAAUUCAGCUACAUCAUUUCGCCAUAAGCUGAUGUUUUAAUAUGAUCGCAGUGAUCAACGUAUGCAACCACUAAUAGAAUAGACAGUUGUCUACCAAUGUUUUAAUAUGACCACGGAUUGUAUCCAUAGCAAUCCAAGUUGACAACUAGAGGGCCAAUUAGAUCAAUGUGGUGCUAAGUCCAGAAGAACAUUUGAGGGUUCCAGUGAAAACAUGUUUAAUAUGAACAUUAUAUCUAUCCGAACAUAUUAAAUAUGGUACAUCAAGACCUUCUUGGCAUCCAAAUCACAGUUUGUUUGAUGAUCCAUAGAAUAUAUGACCUUUCGGAAGGGUGAAGUGGCAAAAUGGUCGACUGGUAACCUUAUAAUGGAACCUCAAAUCAGAUCUAGAGUGUGUCUGUGUGUGUGAUAAUAGUGUAGAGUAAGAUUUGGUUUUUAGGUCAGACAUCAAAAGAGCCUGUGUUGUGGAUCUAACUAAUUCUCCCAUCUUAAUGUGCAUAGGUUGUCAGCCAAUCUUAGAUCCUAUACAGCAUCCACUACUGUGCUUGGAAAAGAAUCUAACCUAAACAAAAUGCCACCAAGAUUGAAUCUCCAAUAUUUCUACUUGGAACUUUUAUUUUCUCCAGCCAUGGUGAGGUCAUGUCCAGUUCUAUUUCUCAUGCACAUAUGCAAGUGAAGUCAUAUGCAUGCACAUGGUUGGUGGUUGCCACUUGCCCUAACUCAUCACAGGAAAACCCAGCGCAAUUAUCGUUAACUACAAGAUCUAUGUUUCCAUAGAGGCUAAAGAUGCUCAUGGGAAGGUCUUCUUGCUGUUCUUUGAGAUGCAUGCACGAACCCAUGAUUUAAUACAUAACAUCACGAUCAUUUGGAAGUGCAUGUAUUUGGUCGUAUGUCAGUGGUGAACAUAACUCUCAACUUUAUCAUGACAUCGUGACUUGAUCAUAAGUAAAUGGAAGCUAAGACAACUAUCUCUUCUUGAUUGGUUGCACACUAGGAAUCCACAUGGGAACACCACAAAACAUGAUGGACUACCAUGUCACUUCAUGUCCAAAAUAAUUUCCUUUUGCUUCCUAUCACUCUUACAUGCUUAUCAACCACUCAAACUUGAAGACACCUUCUAAUUGUUGUUGGAAUAUAAAGAAACACCCAGGCAUUAAUUAUCUGCCCUUCUCUCGACCUCAGUUUAUCAUGCGGAUCUUAUCAUUUUGAAUUAGAUCAACCUUGCCAUGGAUUUUAUAAGCUUACACGUCCAUGUCACGAACAGGGGUUCGAUGUAUCCAAAUUUGUAACGAGGGCCUGCAUGGAUCUAUGAAUGUCCAAGUUUUAUGAAGUUUGACUUGAAAUGUUGUAGGUAAUAAUUAAGAAUAAGAGAAGGUGAAUAUAACAGAAAGUUCUAUGCAUUUUUCUCUGAGCCAAAAAAAAAAAAAGAAGAAAUAUGCCAUAAGAAUUCGACUGUUAAAUCCGAGCCCGAAUCGGGAAUAGGACAUGCAGAGUUAAAAAUAUCUACGUUUAAAUAGUGUUGGAAAUUUAAUAUGGUGCUUUGAAUAUGGAAUCCUCUAGAUAUCGUGUAAUCUAGUUGGAUCCACGUGUCGUGGUCACAUGCAUGGUCCACGUCAGGUUGCACCACCUGUCUUCGUUUUGGAUUGGGGCGAGAAAGUGGACCCCUACGUCCAUGUAUAUGUACAGGUCGCAAGCGAUUGCCGUUCUUCGUCCACCUCGAAGCGCACGUCCAGUGCGUUGCUCUCUGCUCCUCGGUUUCACCGCUCUCAGCUCGUUCUCGUCUCUCUGCAUCUGAUUGUCGAGAAACAGAGAAUAAGGGAGAUGUUGGGCGCUAAAGGUGGUGCGCUGCCGCUGGCUUCCUUAAACCAUAUCUCGAUCGUUUGCAGAUCAGUGGAGACGUCACUUGAUUUCUACCAGAAUGUGCUCGGCUUCCUCCCCAUCCGGAGGCCCGGAUCCUUCAAAUUUGAUGGUGCCUGGCUGUUUAACUAUGGAAUAGGCAUCCACUUACUGCAAUCUGAAGACCCCGAGAAGAUGCCGAGGAAGAGGGAGAUCAAUCCCAAGGACAACCACAUCUCCUUCCAGUGCGAGAGCUUGGCCUUGGUGGAGAAGAAGCUGAAAGAGAUGGGCAUACCUUACAUCCAGAAUCGAGUGGAGGAAGGUGGGAUCUACGUGGACCAAUUAUUUUUCCAUGACCCGGAUGGCUUCAUGAUCGAGAUCUGCAACUGCGAGAACCUCCCGGUGAUCUCACUUUCCGGGGAACCCAUUAUGGCCUGCAAGAGAGUCGUCAGCUUCACUCCGCAGCAACAGCAGCAGCAACAGUAUCUCCCGCAAGCCAUCCAUGUCAAGGAGGAGCCCUGCGCAUGAAGAAGAAUGAUCGAGCGUCUCCUCCAUCUCUUUCGGUUUGCUUGCUUUAGUAUGUAUGGUGUUCUGUCGCCAGGACGACAUGGCUUCUUGUGCCUUGGCAACUCGUUUUGUAGUAGCAAUAAGGCCCAGAUGAUGACUCUUUUUGUCUCAUCGAAAGGCUUGUAGGAAUGAUGUCGUAUCAGUUUUAUGUGGACAAGCGUGAACCACAGCCAGUUGUGACUAA